CCCGCUGUAGCUCCUUCGCUCUUCCCCAGCCCUCCGCAGCAUGGAUCAUCCUCUAGCGGGAAGCGGCGGCGACGAGCUGAUUUCCGAGGCAGAGCUGCUUGCCUCGGCUGCCAGCGCCGCCGGGGAUACUUCCCCCCUGGACGCGGCGCUGGCCUCCUUCCAGCUGUCCCCGCCGGUGGAUGCGCAUCCCCCCCUGGACUCGGACCUGGCGGAUCUCCUGCUCGGGACCGGCACUGGCCCGAAUCCGGCCCCAACGCCAGCCGCCCCCGCUCCCGGCGCCCCGGCCACGGCCGACGUCCCCUUCCUUGAUCCACUUGGAGCAUAUGGCCCGGCUCAGCCCCCGCCGGCGGCCCCGGCAGCCGGCCCCGCCCCGGUGUCAGUGCCCGUCCCUGUGGCAGCUUCGGCCCCCGCGCCGACCCGGGCCCCCGCGCCGGCCCCUGCCGGCUCAUCAUCGCCCCCGCUUGCGGCUGGGCCGCCCCCCGGCACCGGCGGCCCAGCCACGCAGGAUGACCCCCUUCGCCGGCCGGCAUUGUCCAACCUGCUGAGCCGCAUUCGGAGUUCCACCAUCGCCAAGCCGGCCCUCAGCACCCUGGGCGAGGCGCCGGCCGGCCACCCGGCCCCGGCGUCCACCGUGUCGCCGCCGAGCUCCUCGCCAGACCUGACCCUGACACCGGCCCGGCUGGACAGCAUCAACUACCAGGACCCGGCCGUCCUGCGGCCCAUGAUGACGCCCUUCUAUCGCGAGUACUUCCGUCGGUAUCAGCUGCUGAUUGAAUUCAAAAAUCUGUCGCGAUCCCCGCCCCCGGGCAUGUAUUUGAUUCCCUCCUCGACCAACAUUCUCGAGUGGCAUGGCGUCUUCUUCCCCUACCGCGGCCCGUACUCCGGGGCCGUGCUGCGCUUUAUCAUCAUCCUCUCACCGGACUACCCGAUGGUCGCACCGGCCGUGGUCUUCGUCCCGUCCAUCCACCACCCGCUUAUCGACCUCAACAAUGGGCAUCUGAGUCUCGAAGCCCGGUUCCACGACUGGCACCCCACGCGCCACCGGCUGCACCAUGUGGUCCUGUACAUCCGCUAUGUGUUGGAGAAUGUCUCCCAUUUGAAGGCCCUCGCCCCGGAGCAAUGCGUCAACCAGUUUGCCCAUGACCAGCUUUGCAACCACCCGAUGGAGUUCACCAAGAUCGCGCGCGACUGUGUUCGCCUGUCCACCAACUCCGUUCAGACAGCCGGCCCGACGCCCAGCUACACCCACUCGGCCACCGCCGAGAAGGCCUCGGCCGCCAUCCACCUCUUCCCCUUCCUCGAUCCGGCCCAAGAGUCUGAGGUGCUGGACGAAAUCAUCGGCACGAACCGCCUCAUCCUCGAGCGCCACCACCGGCAGGCCGGCGUCGGCAGCCGCAUCGCCUCCUUCGUGAGCGAUGUCCGCGGGAUGAUGUCCAAUGUCGGGACCGCUCCGGCACCCGGGUCGGCCACUGGCACUCCGGUGCACAGCCGCCCGGCCACCGUGGGCUCCCUGUCGGCCAGCCCCUCGGUGGUCGGUGACAAUGCGUCGUCGCACCGUGCGGCUGGCCUCGCCGGCAGCCCAACCCCCGCCCGGUCGGCUGUGGCCCAGCCACCGGGGACAGGGCCGGCCGCGGCCCGGAAAUGACCACCCUCCCGCCUCCCGCCUCUCGGCUGUGCGCGGGUGUGGGUGUGUCCCUGCGGGGGCGGUCGACCUGCGCGUGCCCCCGUGUGUCCGCCCGCCGGGGACGAGAACGCCCUCGCCGGCAACCCGAGCCGAGAGAA